GAAAUGUUUCUACAUUUCUGUGCCGCAACCACAAUGAAACAGAUCCGGGGCCUAUACUGGAACAUGCUGGACACUAUCGGCCUUCGGCCGGGCCCGUUAAACGAGUUCUACCCGAAGUUGAAGUCGACGAUUCGUGACUGGCGAGCGCAGGCAUUGUUCAAGAAGUUCGAUGCCCGCGCCGCCCAGAAAGUGUACAGCAAGGGCAAGGCCGCCAGCAACACACGCGUCCUGAUCGUCGGUGCGGGCCCGUGUGGUUUGCGUACCGCGAUCGACGCUCAGCUUCUCGGUGCCAAAGUGGUUGUGGUGGAAAAGCGUGACAGAAUUAGCCGUAACAACGUUCUGCAUCUGUGGCCAUUCAUCAUACACGAUCUAAAAGCGCUCGGUGCGAAAAAGUUCUACGGCAAAUUUUGUGCCGGUUCGAUCGAUCACAUCUCGAUACGGCAGCUGCAGUGCAUACUGCUGAAGGUGGCCUUGCUGCUCGGCGUGGAAAUGCACGAGGGCGUCUCGUUCGUGAAGGAAAUCGAACCGGGUGACGGGUACGGGUGGCGCGCCUCCGUUUCGCCGGAGGAUCACGCCGUGUCGCACUACGAGUUCGAUGUGCUGAUCGGUGCCGACGGCAAACGCAACACGCUCGAGGGCUUCCAGCGCAAAGAGUUUCGUGGCAAGCUGGCCAUCGCCAUCACGGCCAAUUUCAUCAACAAGCGCACGGAGGCGGAAGCGAUGGUGGAGGAGAUUAGCGGCGUAGCGUUCAUCUUCGAUCAGCCAUUCUUCAAGGCGCUGUACGAAAAAACUGGUUGCGAUUUGGAGAACAUCGUCUACUAUAAGGACGAUACGCAUUAUUUUGUGAUGACGGCGAAGAAGCAUAGCUUGCUGCACCGCGGUGUAAUCAUAAAGGAUCUUAGCGAUCCGGCCGAACUGCUCGCACCGUCCAACGUGGAUAAACCGAAGCUGUACGAGUACGCACGGGAUGCAGCGAAUUUCGCCACCAAGUACCAGAUGCCGAACUUGGAAUUUGCCGUCAACCAUUACGGCACACCGGACGUGGCCGUGUUUGACUUCACCUCCAUCUUUGCCGCACACAACUCGUGCAAGGUGACGGUGCGCAAGAACUAUCGGCUGCUAUCCUGCCUGGUGGGCGACAGCCUGCUGGAACCAUUCUGGCCGACCGGUUCGGGUUGUGCAAGAGGCUUUCUGUCCAGCAUGGAUGCAGCGUACGCGAUCAAACUGUUCGCCAAUCCGAAGAACAGCCUGCUGGCGACGAUUGCCCAGCGGGAAUCUGUGUACCGUUUGCUGGGGCAGACGACGCCGGAAAAUCUGAACCGCGCCUUCGGUGCCUACACGCUGGACCCCUCGACACGCUACCAAAACCUCAACAAAUCGUCCGUACAGAUUGUGCAGGUGAAGCAUCUGUUGGACACGGACGAUCUGGUGCUGUUGGAGCAGACGUUCUUCGAUAGCAAUGCCAUCGCUUCCAGCGUUACGCCCGCUACCGAGCUGCCAAUCAAGCGCAAGAGGCGCACAGUCGAUGUGGUACCGCUCGGUGCCACGCUGCUGCGUUGGCUCAAGUCGCAACUGAAGGAUAGCGGGUUUGUGCAGGAGUUGAACGAGCCAGGGGAAUGUUUCACCAACGGAAAGGUGCUUUGUACGCUCAUCCAUCGCUACCGGCCUGAUUUGGUUAAUUUAGAGGAGUUGACCGACUUCAGUGCCGAUGUGUGCAAUGAACAUGCGUUCAAUAUUUUCGAAAAUCAAUUGGGCAUACCACGUGUAAUGUCUGGCCAAGAGUCAGUAACGUUAUCGGGCGUCGAUCCAAAGGUGUGGCUAAACUAUCUCGAACAGAUAUGUGACGUGUUCCGUGGCGAGAUACCGCACGUGAAGCACAUCAAGCUGGAUUACGCCGAGUUCAAGCAGAAGCAGGAAUCCAAUGUCGAUGCCUGGGCGAAGUUGGGACGUAUGGCCGCGGUCCAACGUAUGGCAGCGAUCGCUAGCGGUGUCCGACCGCCCGAUGGCGAUCCCGGCACGAAAGAUACCGUUCCGGUGGCAACAUCGUCCGCUACGUUUGCGUCGCGUGCCAACGCGAAAAACUACUACCAUCCGAAUGCGGAGGAGGAACGGUACAAGCGGGGCCACGGCGGGGUUGCCUCGCCACAGAAUGAUACGAUGCGUCGUAUGCGCAAGCGCCGUAGCAACGAGAAGUCCGGCAAUAUCGAGGAGCGGACACGGCGACUGCAGGAAAUAGAGGCGAAUCGGCUCGACCGUCAGUCGAAGCGCCGGGAACAACGCGCCCAGCAAACGCACAACUUCUAUAAGAGCAUCCACAUGCUGCAAGCGAACACGUUGCUACGCGAAAGCGAUAGCGCUGGUGCGUUCGAAGAUUAUUCGCUCUACCUGUACCGCCAGUCGGCACCGGAAUUUAACGAUCGUGUCCGCGAGCUCGAGUUGAAGCUGCGCUAUCCCGAUCGUGAACGGGGUCUAGCAGCAGCAUAUCCCCGCGGAUUAAACGAUGGCGAUCAGUUCAGCGACCGUGUCCGGUCGAUGGAGCAACGGAUCGAUGGCAAAGCGGUGCCGGUAGUGGAAAAGAAACCGAAGGAUUUACUGCGUGCAAUCGGUAAGAUUGACAGCAGCGACUGGAACGUGAAGGAGAUCGAACGCAAGAUCGAACUGUCCAAGAAGACGACCGAUAUUGGCAAAAGCCGUGAACGCGUACCGAACUGGAACCGGGAACAAUUUCUGGCCCGCCAAAAUCGCUUGAUACAGCCGCAGGACGACGAAAAGUACAAGGAGAUCGACAGUUCACUGAAGGCGAUCGACAAACAGCUGAAGGAGGGCCACAAUCUCGAUCUGGGUGAGCGGGGCAAAAAUAAGGUCGCUCUGAUUGCUGGCCAGUUGCAAACUACUAAACAGGCCCAAGAAACAUCAACAACAACAGCAGCAACAGCAACAACAGCAACAGGUUCAGCAGGCUCAAAAAUCGCGCUGGUCUUGACGGCAAGCGGUGUAGCCGAGAAAUGUCACUUCUGCAAGCAGCGUGUCUAUUUGAUGGAAAAAAUUUCCGCAGAAGGAUUAACGCUGCAUCGUUCCUGUCUGAAGUGUCAUCACUGCCAUACGAUUCUACGCCUCGGUUCGUACGCGUUUGAUCUGGACGAUCCCGAGGGACGGUUCUACUGUACGCAGCAUUUUAAGCUGCCGGCAAAAUCACUCAAACCAACCUCGCGCAAAUCACAGCCCAAGUCGCGCAUCGCAGGCCCUAUUAUUGGGCGUGUAUACGAUGCAAGCGAUGCGGGCGUUCGGGUCGGUACAGUCGGUACGAUUACAGCCACGCCAGAGCAAGGUGCGUCCACGGUGGACUAUCUCGCUCGCAACAGAACGCCCGACAAUGAUGAUUCGGAUGGUGAAGCGAAUAUGGAGGUGAUCGAUGAGAACGAAUGGACCGACCGUAACUUUGGUACCGAAUCAGAACUCUCCGAAGCGGAGCUGUCCAGCUCGGACGAAUCGGACACGGACAGUGAAUCGGAUUAUGAGGAAACGGCAGGUUCGCCACUAGGCGCACAAACGCUGCAGCUGGCAUCGGAAUGGAUCAGCGACAAACGGUUCUCGAAUAUGGUCGAUAGUGAUGCCGACUUCUACAGCUACUCCAGCGAAGGUAGGCUUGACAUAAAGCGCGUGCUACAGUAAGAAAAGUUCUAUUAUUAAAUCUUCUCUCAUACUGUUGCAGACGAUGAUGCAGAUUCACAAACGGAGGGUGAAGAGUUGGCCCGUGCUCGCGAGAUGCGCCGACAGGAAGUAAAACUGAUGCCGCCACCCACACUUCCAACCGAUACCGAAACUGAGGGUGCUUCCGAUUCAGAGGUGAACUCAACAGAAAUAUCGACGGAUUCGGAGUUUGAUGAUGAGCAACCGCAGCGCGUACCGCCCUCUUUCCAUCUGGAGUUUAAACCAUUAGUGGAGGUUGAUCCAACGAUAAAGCUAGUCCAAAACCGAGCACCAUUGGCUGUUCCGCGACCCGGGGACUACGUACUGAGCAAAACAGCUAGCACGGAAGGUAUUGCAUCGAAGAAGAGCUUGGAGCUGAAAAAGAAGUACCUGCUCGGUGAGGGUACGACAGGGCUAGGCAUUCUCAAGUCAGGCUCUGCAUCGGCACUUGAUUCCAAGUUUAAAUCGUUCCACUCGAACAUCACCGAAUGUCAGAAGCUGCUCAACCCAGCGGCACAGAUAAGCCCCACUAUGCAGACGUUCCUCAAGAACAGCACGACGAACCAACCGUCCGUCGAAAAUCGAACACUGGAAGAAGCUCCGGUAGCGGUACCAUCCCUGCCCGCGGAGUCGGUUAAUGAUACAGAGAAGGAGAACCUGUACGAAGGCAAGCGAACCGUUGCACUGGGCAAUGUUAACAGUAGCAGUAGUGCAUUGGUUGGUGCAAACAAGCGAUCAUCACUUAUAGAAACUAUCAACACCACGCUGGUAGAGAAUAAGCUGAACGAGAUCAAAUCGAACGAAAGUUUCCCGAUGCCAGGGAAGGAGGAACAGAAAUCCGAACAACCGAGUGCCACCGAACAGCAGUCACAGUCUCAGAACGCAUCCCCUGUUACGAAGGCAAAGCAUCAGCAGAUGGAAAACGAUAGCGUCGGCAACGGUCAUCUAGAUCAUUCAGCCAAGCUACGAAACAAUAUUAACAACAACAAUAACAACAACAGCAACAACCAUAAUAAUAAUAACAACAAUAACAACAACAAUGAUGAUGAAGUGAUGGAAAUCAUCGAUCUGGUCACGCCGGAAAAGGUGAAGGAUUCUUCUCCAACCCAUCGGGAUAUGGCGGCGAAUGAGACAACGGGUGCCCUGGAGCACAAGUACAUAACGAACAUGAAGCACGCGUACAUCGAUCUAACGACUGAUUCGCCCAACUGUGAUCGUUCGCUGGUAGAGACGACGCUCGACUUCAGCAUUGCGCCGUCGAAGAUGGGUAAUGAACGGCCCACGAAUUCGUCGGCUGUGCCGGAUAUCAUCAGUAACAUUCGGAUCGAUAGCAACGAGAACAAGAUAGAGCAGCACGCAACGAACGGUGUGGCGAAGCAGAAGCUCACCGAUAAGGUGACUCCUCCGAAGCAACCGAACCCGGAACAGGCUCAGCAGCAGGGAGAGGACGGCUGUCACGAGACCACGCUGCAGGUGCCGGACGUACCCUGGACGAAGGAGGAAGAAAUCGAAUCCGACAGUAUAUCGGAGUCGGGAUCGAACAGUAGCGAGAUCAGCAGCUCCAGUAGCACCAGCAGCAGUAGUAGCACAUCGAGUGUUGAAGAUAUUCCACACUUCAUUCUGGAUUCUACUACCAGCCCGGAAACGCAAAACGAUGAGCGGUUUGUACCGCGGCUGGAAGUGCGUGAUGCCACCGGCGAGCUGAUGCAGAUCGACAGCUUAAUGAUCAUUGACGGGCGUUACAUCGGUGAUCCGGAGGAUUUGAAGUUGAUGGAGAAGCUUCCACCGGACACGCAGAUAGCGGCACAGAUGCUGCAAGCGGAAAUUAACCAGGAUAGCAUCAAUACGAUUAUAGAAGGCUGCACACCGCAUGCCGAUACAGAUGAUGAGGGUGGCCAAAACCGACACCAGCCGCGCGAUAAAGAUGGCAAGUUGGAAACGAAAAGUGAUACAGAGGAGGGAGAAUGUGCCAGCACACCGACACCUGGUCCGGCGAAGCCGGAUGCGGUCGAUGAACCGAUGGUUGCGCCCCUUUCCAAUUUAGUAUCGCAACGGAAUCCAUGCUUUAUGUUUGAUUCGCGAAAUGAAAACAAAAUCGACACAUUGAAGAACAUACCGUUCGUGCUGGAUGCAGAUCAGCGCAAUUCAUUGCAGAAAUCAAUGCAUUUAAAUUUGACCCAGCACAAACCAGCAGUGGACGGUGAAACGGACACGGAACAGACACCGAUGGCGGGUGAUUUGACUGCCGUUAAAUUGAUCUCCUCUCCAACGGCAGCUGUUGUUGGGCAAGGGUACGCGAAAUCUGCGCAGGAUGCCGAUUCCGACUCUCAGGACGAUACGGAAGUUACGACACAGAACAAUCUUACCGAAACGGAACUGUCCGACUGGGCAGCGGAUGAUGCGGUGUCGGAGAAUUUUGUCGAUCUUGAGUUUGCGCUCAACUCGAACAAGGGCACGAUACGCCGAAAUCACAAAACGAAACAUUUUCGACUGCAGAAAAAGCUGCCCAGUAAUAAUGGGGACGGUGCGUCGUUACGAUCGGUUCCGGAUCGGUACGCGUCGACAAUGCCGCCGCGCAAUGGUAUCACCGCCACGGAGGAUGGAAUUAUACGAAAUCUUGCACUGGAGGACAUCGAGUUUAUGGAUACCGGUUCGGAGGAAGAAAGUUGCAUCGAAACGUACUCCACCACCAAUCGAAUGAUGUUGAAGAACCGUGGCUACAUGGAAAUAAUGGAUCCAUCGGUGGAAUCGAAACGGACUAUCUAUCCACCGCCACUAGUUCCGUUGAAUCACACGUACGGCGCUGCACAGCCUAAGCUGGUGGAAGCCAUCAACAAUCAAAUAACCGGUCGACAGAUGGACUACAUCGAGCAGGGUUCGUAUCUGCUCGCUAAUGAUGAUGCCAAAACGCCGAUGAAUGAGGAACCUGUCGGGAAGAUUACUUUCUCUGUCCUGGCUGCCGCUGCUAACCAAUCGCUGAAGCUGGGUGAACCGGCAUGCUCCGCUGAGAGUGCGCAUGACAUCGAGGAAGACAGCUUACUGCUGGUUAGCUCCUCACAAGGUACGGCCACCGCUACGGCAACGAACAGUACCGCAACCAACGAAAGGAGUGAUGCGUUAACGAUGGUAGCAGCGCCCAGUGCAGCUGGACACGAUUCGGAAAUACACCCGAAUGUACCCCCAACUGGUGCUGGCAGCAGUGGACGAGGUAGUGCUACUUCGAUUAGUUCUUCGCUACAGCAUGCUGGGAUUAAUAGCAACGGUCAUAACGAACCGGAACAUACGAACAAAUCAAAUUCACGCUCGCGAGAUGAAAGUCCUGUAAGGAAAAUAUCGGUAGAGUCUUUGUCCGGCAAGCGCAGCAGUCUGGAGCGUAAAGACGUUCGGAAGGAUUCACUCAAAAGCAUCGAGGACAUUGGGUAUGAGAAGUACGUGAAACGGUUGCAGCAAAAGAUCCAACAAAUCAGCAAUGCGCGUGAUUCGCUGGAAGUGAAGAAGAACAAGCGAAAGUCUUCCAAAGGCGAGAUGGUGCUAACGUUGUCGGAAGCCGAUAAGGAAACGGAAGAGCAAGAACUGGAUUACGCGAGACCAUCCAACAAGCAGGGUGAGAGUUCUCCUCCGGGCCAGACGGAAUAUUUCCCCUCAAGCUUUACGCCCGAAAAUCUGAAGUUGAACGUGUUCUCCGUCGAACCGGAACCACCGAAGAGUGUGGAGAAGAAAAUUGAGGAGAUCACUAAGGAGCGCGUUAAGCAGAAGGAUCUCAUACAUGAUCUAGUCAUGGAUAAGCUGCAAACGAAGAAGCAGCUGAAUGCGGAGAAACGUCUCAACCGUAGCCGUAACCGUAGUAACGUUCUAGUCGGUCAGAUAACAUCGUCUAGCAAUAGCAAUGGUACUGGUGCAACGGUGGACACUGUGGUCGAUUCACCAACAGCAACCACCGGUGAUGGGCGUGAACUUUCCACAAACGUUAGCUUCCGAACGGGCGUUGCCGGUACGCUAAAGGAGAUGGAACGAAGUCCGCUUGCCAUUAGUAACCAGACGAACGUGUACAGUGGGGCAGUGUCGAUGCGCACUCUACCACCGUCCGUAGUGCCGGGCAUCAAGCCAAGCACCACCAGUGCCUGCGACGCGUUGAAAGAAAAUAUUGGUUUUGCGAAUGGUAAAUCCCAGGACCUCCACGGUAGCAUUCUGACACCCGCGUACCAACAGCAGCUGAUAACGCCCCGUGCCGGUGCGAACCUUGUCGAUCCGGAACAACCGAUGACUACGGAACAGCUGCGGGAGGAAGCACGGUCGCGAGCACGUCUUAAAUCUAAUCAAGAUUUGGGUCUGUCGCCCGAAGAUCGGCUACUGUUGCUGCGCAAAAAGUAUCACAUCACGAUGCGCGGUCUCACGGACGACGACGAUGCCGAUGCGGAUCCGAACAAAUCGGACGACGCGAAAUGCAAGGACCAGCAGCGUACGAAGCUGAUCACGUCCAAAAGCGUUAACGAUGUGUCGAUGCUAAAGCAACAUCAGCCGAGUGUCACCCCGCAUCGGCACAAUCUUCAUCAUUACUAUCUUCAGUCGGGUUUGCUUGUAACGAGCACCGUUGCAAAGGCAGACCCGACUACCCCCGCCGGUGGGGAACUCCAGCAUAAUCCGCCCAAGCAGCUGAACGAUUACAUCUCCGAUCCAAACCUGGUCCACAGCGGUACUAUCGAGCAGGAUACUGGUAGCGAGGUGCGUCUGCGUACCCGCGGCAAGCGCAAGGAUCGGGAACGGCGCAAGAGUAUUAUUGAGAAGGUGUCGGAAUUUUUCAACGGUCGCAAAAAGGCGGAAGGAAGCAAGGAAACCUCACCAACGAAGGACCGGCCCAAUCUGCUUAGUGCCAACGGUGGUCCGUCCGAUCCAACAGCGGGCACCUCCAGCACCGGUGGUGGAGGAUUUUUGCGAUUUAAAAUCUCACCAAAGCUUAAGGACAAAUCAAAGACGAAAGAAAGUUCGCCGUACGGGAGGUGUGCUUCCGAUGACUGCCUCAAUAGCAACGGAUCGAAUGGUUUGCCAACGAUGGCCGUCUCACCCGUAACACCUGGAGCGGUUGACAUUAAUCACCACAACAGCUAUACACCGAUUGGACGUAAGGAAGCGGAAGAACUGGAACCACCACCGAUUCCACCGCUGCCGUUAAACUAUGAGCGCUCUGACGACGAAGCGGGUGCCGCCAACGAAUCGAAAAACGAAUUGAAAAAAAUACGUGCAAUGUCGAAAACAUCGAGACAAGCGGAAUUGAAAAGACUGAGAAUUGCUCAAGAGAUACAACGAGAACAGGAAGAAAUAGAUGUAAAGAUCAAAGAUCUGGAAACGCGCGGCGUCGAAAUCGAGAAGGAGCUUCGGGGCGAGAGUGAAACUCUCAAGAAAACGGCCGCCAAUUCGGGUGCUAACGACGACGGACUGGUGAAGGAAUGGUUGGAUAUCAUGAGCAGCAUCACGCGGCUAAAGGUGCGGGACGAUGAGCUUAGCAUACGGCAGCAGGAGCUGCAGCUCGAACAUCGGCACGCGCAACUAAAGGAAGAGCUCAACAUGCGGUUGUCAUACGGCAAGCUAGAUAAGAACUCUUCUGACGUUGCUGCCGAAGGGGCCAUCCUGAACGAAAUGCUUGAAAUCGUUGCGAAACGGCAAGCGCUGAGGCCAUCGCCCGACACCAAAGCGACGGCUGCAGCUGUCGCAGCGGUCGCGGCCGGUGCCAGCUUAUCCAAACCCAACCCAACCUACACUGCUCGGAUGCCUAAAGAUACAGAUAUAUAAAUUUGCGACCUGGCAUUUGUGAGGCAGUAAAAUCGGAAAAUGUGUUAUUUUUGUUCGUCGGCCCAAUAGAUUGAUGACGGUGACCAGAGCCUUCGUACAGCCGCGAUAGCUAUUCUACACGCAUCGUUCGCAACUUCAGCUCAACUUCAACUUCUCAGUGCUGGUGCUUUUUGAAUAUUUGUUGGAGCGAGGAGGCGUUUUUUUUUUCCUUUAGCAUUAAAAAGAACCAAAACACAGUGUAAAUUUGUAAAAUCUUGCAUAUUAGUUAAGGGAACACAAUGUGACAGAGAGAUAGACUCGUUUCGCACGGUAGAAACGGUGUGAUGUUUCAGCUGGGAUAGGUUAUAUCCAGGCACUGGACGAACGAUACGGCACAGACGAACGAGAACGAAGCAUAGAAGAUAACAAAAACCAUCCGAGGGUAGAUGUACAGCAGUCGAACACACGUUCAAGCACAGGGUAAAAUUUGUUGUUGUAAGAUACACACAGGGAUAUAUGUGUUUAAAAACGAAUAGUGUCACUAUAGGGGAGAAUACUCCUAUUUGGGACGAUAAAAAACAAACAAAAAUCCACAAAAAAACAUUAGCACACGAACGUGUUGUGUGGGUCAGGAAUUACCUAUACAUGGAGAGGGAUGGUAGAUUUUUGGAUUUUGUUUUGUUCUGCUCAGCUCUUAUACAGGUUAUUUAGCUAAACGGCCUGCGACCAGGUCGCCUGCCCGCCAUAUAUGUUGGCUUACUAGAGACUUAUCUUUAUUGCGCGCAGCCGCCAAUCGGACAUUGUCGUGUGUGUUUUAGGCGCUUGUUUCAGUUUCAUAAUCUUGUUUUCGUUUUUCUGCUUUCUACUGUACGGUUCAAUUUAUUUUUGUUUCUUGAGUUGUUCUCUUCUACUUCUUGCUUCUCAGUUUGAUGAAGAAUUGAAAGGGUUUUUGUUUUCGUUAGGAAUUUUUUUGAUUGUGCACAUACAAACAUGAACAAGUAGGGAUAAUUAGUAGCCGCUGAAGUUUGCUGACAUAUUUAUUUUAAACGGUUUUGUUUGUUUAAGCGAUUGUUUUGAAUACAAGCUUCGAAAGAUGUUUAUUUA